GAUUGGCUUAAAGCCUGGGUGUUUUAGGGUGAGCCAGUAUUUAUUAGAACGACACCCAUAACCAGAGAUUCAUUCUCGUCAGACACGCUGGGCAACUUCAUCAUUUCUGCAGACUACUCUAGCUUGUGAAAAUGGAACAUUUGACUGCAGCAAACACACAGUUCUCCCUCGACCUGUUCAAGAAGAUCAGCGGAGGAAACGCAUCAGGAAAUGUGUUCUACUCUCCUGUCAGCAUCUCCUCGGCUCUGGCCAUGGUGUCGCUCGGUGCAAGAGGAAACACAGCAGCUCAGAUGAUUAAGGUCUUGUGCUUUAAAAACCCUCUCAAACCUGAUGCCGCGACUCCAGGACAUCAUGAUUCAGUGGACCAAAUUCAUUCCAGCUUCAAAAAGUUCAUGAGUGAGCUGAACAAACCAGGAGUCCCGUAUGCGUUGAGUCUUGCCAACCGCCUCUACGGAGAGCAAUCCUACCAGUUUGUUGAGAAAUUCCUCAAUGACGCAAAAAGCUACUAUGAAGCCGGACUGGAGAAGGUGGACUUCAAGAGCAAACCAGAGGCUGCUCGUGUCAACAUCAACAAAUGGGUGGAGAAAAAAACACAAGAGAAGAUCAAGGACUUGGUGCCAAAGGGAGUCAUUGAUGAGAUGACGAGAAUAGUCUUGGUGAACGCCAUUUACUUCAAAGGAAACUGGGAGAAGAAAUUCAAAAAAGAAUUCACCAGAGAUGGGCAGUUUAAGCUGAACAAGAAUCAAACUAAGCCAGUGAAGAUGAUGCAUCAGGAGGAGAAGUUUCCUCUGGCCUUCAUCCCAGAGAUCAACAGUCAGGUUCUGGAGCUGCCGUAUGACGGGAAGAAUCUCAGUAUGUUGAUCAUCCUUCCUAACGAGAUGGAAGACGACACCACUGGCCUUCAGAAGCUUGAAAAGGCACUGACCUACGAGAAGCUCAUGGAGUGGACCAAACCCAGCAAGAUGAUCCUACAGGAAGUUCAAGUGUAUCUGCCCAAAUUUAAGAUGGAGGAAACCUACGACAUGAAGAGUCUUCUGAUCAGCAUGGGAAUGGAGGAUGUGUUUGACGAGGAGAAGGUGAAUCUUUCAGGCAUGUCCUCCAACAACGACCUGGUGCUGUCGGACGUGAUCCAUAAAGCCUUUGUUGAAGUAAAUGAGAAAGGAACUGAAGCGGCUGCUGCCACCGCCACCGUCGUGUCUUUUGGAUGCGCAAGGCCCCCAUCCACUCCCCCAAAAACCUUUAUUGCAGAUCACCCUUUCCUUUUCUUCAUCCGACAUAAUCCCUCCAAUGUCAUUCUGUUUUAUGGACGCCUCUGUUCUCCUUGAAGAUAGUGAUGAUGACAUAAUUCUAGAUGACUCUGUUCUUCAAAUAAAAAAGGCAUUAGUAAAUAAUUGAGUGAAAUUGUCUGUAUGCAUUUACUUUCACAGGGUCAUUUCAGAAUCUUGAGACAGUUCUGUACAA